ACUGUGGGGAGGAUGGCAGGGGGUCGUCACCCAGGACCAAGCCACAGAACCAGAGCCAGCUGCGGAGAAGACGCGUGCCUGACCCAGUUACCCAGUCCCUUGCCAGAGCCCCUCUGCGCCUUCCGAUACCCAAACUCAGGCCCUGGCUCGGAGGUGGGGCUGGUUGGGGGACACAGCCUGGGAGGAAGCCAGCAGUGAUGUCCAGUAGGACCACGGCUGGGUGCCACGGGCGCCCUGGUUGCCCAGGGCAAGAGAGCGGCAGCUGGCAGGGCUCAGAGGGGCCCCGACCCCCCAGGCUCGGCCUUCUCUGGCCUGGGGUUGUGGCUCUUGCCUGGGCAGAGGCAGGGACCCCAGACACCUGAAGCUGCAGGUGCUCCUGUGUUCUGAUGGGUGUGGGGGCUGCCUGCCAUCCUGCGGGGAGCACAGGCCGUGGGGGCCCCGGGGCUGGAGGCGGGGCUGCGGACUGUGCGGGGCUCAUGCUGGGGUGAGGUGAGGCACACACAGGGGCCUGCACCCUCCAGGCUGGGCAUACACACACGUGCACAUGUGAGCACACACCCACACCUGCACAUGGACAUGCUCACGGGCAUGGGCAGGGGCACACAGCCCCGGCCCGGCCUUUGGUACCUCUCAGGCGCUUGUGGUGCCAGGGCCUCAAGCAGGUGGCGGGGUCUGUGUCUGUGGCCGCCGUGGGGUGCUCCCCACAUCCACAUCUGCCCCAGAAAAGCCACACCCAGCACUUUGCCUGUCACCUGGGAGGUCUGGGAUGAGGGUCAGGGCUUAGUGAGUCUCAGGGACACACACAGUGACCCCAGGCCAGGCGCUGAGGGCAGGAAGGUCCUGGGCCUCAGAGAGGCCUCUGUCUUCCAGGGCAGCCCAGGCCGGCAGUGCCCACGGGGCGGGGUUGUGUGGCUGCACCUGAGUGCCUGGGGGCGGUCCCUAGGUGGGGAGAGAGUAGCAGAGCCCAAAGCCACACCUGCUGUUCCCCCACCCCUCCUGACACAGGCUGGCAGCUCCGGGGAGGUUUAAACACUGGCCUUGGUGGCUGAGGGAGGAGGUGAGGAUGAGGCCGGGGCUGCUGGUGCUGGCGCUGGCGCUGGUGCUGGUGCCGGCUUCGGGGUCCCAGGUGCAGGAGGGGCACCCCAGGGAGUCCCACACCCUCAACUGGGACAAGUUUUCAGGAUUCUGGUACAUUCUGGCCACUGCCACUGACGCCCAGGGAUUCUUGCCGGCCAGGGACAAGAGGAAGCUGGGGGCGUCCGUGGUGAGGGUGCACAAAGUGGGCCAGCUCCGGGUGCUCUUCGCCUUCAGCCGGUUGAAGGGGUGCCAGUCCCAGGAGGUGACCCUGAGGAAAGACGGGAAGAAGCCGGUGUUCAGGAACACCUGUGCGUAUGCGGCAGGGCCCCGGGAGGGCACUCACGGGCAGCUCCAGGCUUCUCUUUCAGUGAAAGGGGUGAAGGGUUUCCACGUGCUGUCCACUGACUACAGCUACGGUCUGGUCUACCUCCGCCUGGGGCGUGCAGCCCAGAACUACAAGAACCUGCUGCUCUUCCACAGACAGAAUGUUUCCAGCUUCCAGAGUCUGAAGGAGUUCAUGGACACAUGUGACAUUCUGGAGCUUUCCAAGACCGCGGUCAUCCUCCCAAAAGACACUUCCUGUGCACACACCAUCCUGCCAUGAGAGCCAGUGUCCUCUGCUCUUUCCUUUCGACUUGUGGUCCUCCCAGACCCCAGGAGCAUUGUUCCAGACGACAGGAGGAGACCACGCUUGUUGAGAGCUGUUUGGUGACUAGGUCGUUGGUGUGAAACUUAAGCGGCUCUAACCCAGGAGGGAUCCUUUAUGAUCACAGAAAGAUGAGGGGGAUACACACUGAUGGGGGGAUGUUGGCCAGGCCCCUUCCCUGGAGUCCUCUGGAGCACACUGCAGGCUGCUGCUGUUCCCUGACUGCCGUGAAGCAGACCACAGGCCGGCCCGGCACACCCUCGCCGUGUGCCUUCCCUCUUCCGUCCACACCGCCACUGCCCUCCAUGCUCCUUGACAUCCUGAACCUUGUCAGGAAGCCAUUCGUGUGCCCACCAAACAUGGAGAAGCCCCCCUUGCGUGCCCGGUGGCAUGCUAGUGCCCGCGGCUGCGUUUGGGAGCAAAAUCAGCAGAGUUGAUGUGUGAUCAGGGGGAGCCGACCUCUGCAACACCAUCACCUGGAUGCUCCAGUAGGGACCCCAGAGGUGUGUUAGGGGCGGCCAGGCCCAACAACUGCAGGCCUGACUCACUCCACCCAGGGCAGCCCGGGGAGAGCUUCCGGGAAGCGGCAUUUGGGCUGACCCGGGAAGGGUGCUGGGCAUUAAUCAGUUUGGGAGGGGCUGGGGGAGCAGGGGCAUAUCCCCGGAACGGGACCUGACUUCUGAGAAGACAUCAUCAGAGUAGAGAAAAUGGCUUCUCAAGGAGAUGGGGGACACCGGCGUGAGAAUGGUGGGGGGUGGGGGGUGGAGAGCCGCCCCGAGGAGCAGGAGGGGGCCCACUGGACCACAGCGCCUCGAAGGCCGUGGUGGGGGCCGUGGCGAAGGGCUUGGGUCUCAUUCAAGGGGUGAUGACGGGAGGUCGCCACGGGUUUUGUCUGAGAGAUAAACCCCAACUGAGUGGACCUUCUGGCCAAGGGGAUCCCAGAGAAACCCUGACCCCGAGUCCUCCGCCAUGCGGGGUAAGGCUCAGACCCCUGCUUUCGGCCGGAGAAGAGGUCACAGAAUGGUUCUGGACGUCCGCGGAGA